AUUUCAGAUUGAGGUGUACGAGGCAGUGGAUACGCUUCUCCAGCAAUACAGUGAAGUGCACCGCUCCAGGGCAAUUGAUCUCAGCCUUCCAAUUUUUACUUUGCCACGGCUGCAAGAAAUCCGAGACUUGCUCGAGCCCCUUGGCGACGCAACAGAUGCGUUGCAGGGUGACAGCGUCUCAGCAGCAAUUGUCCAACUAUGUGUAGUAGCCGCGAAGAAGAAGAGGUGCGUGAGUGCACGUAGUUCUGUUUUUGCUUUUGGUUCCACCGAAGCGGCUGUUUCGGGGCAUCUCUCUUUUGCUCCUAUGUUGCAUUAAAUCUUUUAUCACUCUUCCUACUGGCAAGUCUUGGGUCAUCUCAACUGGCGACGAGGGACACUAUGCAUAUCGACAGUCUACAUGAAAACAGAGAGCUUCAACACAAGCAAUUUUUCAGUGUUUCGUGCAGAACUUUUGGAGCAGCUUAACCGAAGGUUCGAAGCCACAUUGAAGGACAGUUUUCUAAUAGCUGCUUGCAUCCUCAAUCCAAGAAUAAAUCUCAGAAUCUUCGAGUCACGCAUCGCGAAGGGAUUAUCGAAGCCAAGUACUUCGGAGGCAGUCAAGGUUGUGGAACAUCUACUCGACGGAGUCGAGAGGGCUCCAUAUUCUUUCACGGCUGCCAGCGUAACUUCAGCACAAACAACUUCUAAGCCUGAUGCUAAAGUGGACAUAUCUAAAGUUGUCGGUCUAUACGGAGUGCUGGAUGCGGUAUACCCACUCCAAGAGGCUCGGCAGUUGUCUGAACUGGAACGUUACCUCAGCGCAGAAUACGACGCUCGGGAUGUGCUCUCCUUCUGGAGGAAUAAUUUUCACCAGUACCCCAAACUAGGACGUCUUGCCCAAGUAUGCCUCGGGAUACCGGCCACUUCGGGAGCAGUGGAGCGCCUUUUCUCUGUGGCCGGCGCUCUUCAAAGAGCAAGGCGAGCAUCUCUCGUGCCAAGCACCAUAGAGGACUUAAUCCUUGUGUCUGAGCACGUCAGGAAAAACAAAAAUUAACAUUAAAAAACGGACAAGGGGCUUGAACUUUUUGAAUAAAAUGUACUGUC